AUGGAAAGCGCCGGGCCUGAUAUUUUCGAUAGGCCGAGGGAUCGGUCAAGGAACCAUGAAGUCGCCGCGAGCAGCUUGGCUUUCUUGUACGCUGAGACGGUCAGCUAUGUUCAAGGGCGGGUUAGCGGCAUUGCCGAGCUGGAAAAGAGGCUUUCGCUCAUGGGCUACCGUAUCGGGCAGAAGCUCCUCGCAAUGACAUCGCAUCGACUGGAAUUGUCUACCAACAGCAAAAAUCCCAAGAGAGAGGUACGGUUACUUCCAGUCCUUCUGUGGGUACACACCCAUUUAUGGAAGCAUGCGUUCGGUAAAGCUGCCGACUCCCUCGAACGCAGCACUGAGCGAGCGGACGAGUAUAUGAUCUCGACCAACAUCCCCACAUUCUCCAAAAGCAUCUCAAUACCAAAGGACAUGUCCCAGCUCAGCGUCGAGGCAAUCACGGCAGGUAUUGUAGAAGCGGCACUGGACGGGCUCGGCUUUCCUGCGCGCGUGACAGCACACUCGGUUCCAACACCACAAUACCCCUUCCGGACGACCGUCCUCAUCAAGCUCGAUCCCGCCGUCAUGAAGCGGGAAGCAACGCUAGGUUCAUAG